AAGGAGUCUUCGAUUCCUAUCCCCGAGUCUGCAGAGGUCCCUGUUACCCAAAAUGAUCAACUUUCAGCCGACGCUGUUGCUUCGCUCGACAAAACGGUUGACGAGCCAGCUUCCAAGACUGGUCAGCAAAACAAAUGGUCUCGUACACGUGCUGCAGACAAGAGAGAAGAUGGUAGCAAGAGACAGAAGAGACAACGGGAACACAAGGUCACGUAGGUAUGUUUUUCCCUGCCAAAUUUGAGCAAUUUAUACUAACAACUCCAGUGAAUAUACCACCAGAGUAGAUGAAAAUGGGGUUCCAUUGCCUAGAUCCGAAAGAAAACCAAAGAAGAAGGUGGCUGUCAUGAUUGGGUACUGCGGAACCGGCUACAACGGGAUGCAGAUCCAGCCAAACCCCGACAUCAAGACCAUCGAAGGAGAAUUGUUCCAGGCAUUCGCCAAGGCUGGAGCCAUUUCGCCUGAAAACUCGGACGACAUCAAGAAGAACGGCUUUAUGAGAUGCGCUAGAACCGACAAGGGUGUUCACGCUGCUGGAAAUGUUGUUUCGUGCAAGUUGAUCAUCGAAGACGAAGAUAUCAUCCAAAAAAUCAACAACGAGUUGCCAGAGCAAAUCAGAAUAUGGGGCAUCCAAAGAACCUCCAAGUCGUUCGAUUGCAGAAAGAUGUGUUCAUCGAGAAUGUACGAGUACUUGUUGCCAACCUACACUCUUUUGCCUCCCAAGCCCAAGACGGUGUUGAGCGACUUGAUGGAGUCCAAGGACAAGGAGCAUCCUGGUAUCCUCCGUGACGACGUCGAGGGCAGAGAGUGGUGGGCCCAGACCAAGGAAGAGAUCAAGAACAGCGAGUUAACAAGUGAGCAGAUUGAGCAGCUCGAAUCCCUUUUGGAGAGCAGCACCGUUACCAACUCCAGCAUCAAGACCUACGACGACAACGGAGAGAUCACUGAGAUUGGCAAGCUCUUUAAGAUCUACAAGGGGAUCGAAAACAAGCGCAGAAGAGCCUACAACGUCAGCAAGGAACGUCUUGAUCUUUUCAGACAGGCCAUGAAGCAGUACGAGGGUUCCAACAACUUCCACAACUUCACCAUUGGUAAGGCCUACAGGGAUCCUUCAGCCAGAAGAUUCAUGAAGGACACCACAGUAUCUGACCCCUUCAUCAUUGAGGGCACCGAGUGGGUCAGCAUCCAUAUCCAUGGCCAGUCUUUCAUGUUGCACCAGAUCAGAAAGAUGAUUGCCAUGGCAGUCUUGGUGAUCAGAACUGGAUGUCCUAUAGAGAGAAUCAGAGAUUGUUUUGGCCCAACUAAGAUCAACGUGCCCAAGGCCCCAGCCUUGGGUUUGUUGUUGGAAAACCCUGUCUAUGAUGGGUGCAAUGCCCAAUUGGAGAAGCUUGACUAUGAAAAGAUUGAAUUUACAAAGUACUCCACGGAAAUGGAUGCGUUCAAGAAGAAGUUCAUCUACGACAAGAUCUACGGCGAGGAGGUGAAAGAAAACACCUUCUACGGAUUCUUCGGCUUUAUUGACACCUUCAGAAGUUCUGAAGGUGACUCCACCUCGGAGGCCAAGCAUGUAUUCGAUUUCUUAGGUGCUGUUUUCGACUCUGGGUUGAACAAAAAUGGCCAAGUGAAAGAAAUCGAAGAAGACAAGAACGUGGGCGUUGCCAGUGCCAAUGACAACGUUGAUUAGUCAAAAACGUAGUCAAGCAUUCCUCUAAAAUAGCUUUGGGUACAUCUGUGUAUAUCUAGCAUGUAAUGAACAGAAGAGAA